UUAGGAAUCAUUCGUUCUUCGAACAAUUAUGAAAGUGCUCGUAGUAUUCGCCCUCGCUCUGGCCACCGUCUCCGCCGGCCUGCUGCCCCAGCAGUUGCCCGUGCACCCCAAGGAUCUGCCGUCGGUGCCUUCCAUUGAGGGUCGCAUUACCAACGGCAAGACCGCCACCGAGGGCCAGUUCCCCUACCAGGUGGGACUCAGCUUCGACAGCAGCGGAGGAAGCUGGUGGUGCGGAGGCUCCAUCAUCGGCAAUGAGUGGGUGCUGACCGCUGCCCACUGCACCGAUGGUGCCUCCAAGGUGACCAUCUACUACGGCGCCACCGUCCGCACCAACGCCAAGGUUACCCAAACGGUUGCCAGCUCCAACUUCAUCCAGCAUGCCAGCUACAACUCGGUUGUGUUGAGGAACGACAUCUCUCUGAUCAAGACCCCUGCUGUGAGCUACACUUCCGACAUCAACCGGGUGGAGCUUCCCGCGAUCGCCAGCUCCUACUCUACCUAUGCCGGAGAGAAGGCCAUUGCCUCUGGCUGGGGCAAGAUCUCUGACUCCGCCACCUCGGUGGCCAGUACCCUGCAGUACGAAACAUUCGAUGUUGUAUCCGUUGCCACUUGCCAAUCCACCUACGGCUCUUUGAUCGCCACCUCCAAGGUCAUCUGCAUUGCCACGCCCAACAGGAUCUCCACCUGCAACGGUGACUCUGGCGGACCCCUGGUCCUGGCCGACAAAGUUAUACUUAUCGGUGUCACUUCGUUCGUGUCCAGCGCUGGCUGCGAGUCUGGUGCCCCCGCUGGCUUCACCCGUGUGACCUCCUACCUGGACUGGAUCAAGAGUAACGCCGGUAUCUCCAACUAAGCACUUUUCUUUUGCAAUUAAAAUGAUUCAUGAUUUAAUAAUUUCA